GCUAGAUGGCACUGCUGCGGUUAUUUUGUUCACUGAAAAGGGAAAAGCACAAGGCGAAUGGUGGUUUUUCUGUAACAGCUGAUGAUCCACAGGUUGAGGGACGCCAAAGUGGAUGAAUGCGCAGACGUCACGCAUCGGAUGUUGAGAUCUACACUGUGGCAGCUGCUUGUAAUGAGACUGUCAGUCAGGUGGUAUCUGGCUGAGCCAUGUCGGCGUCUGGUUUUACGUUAGAAUGGAGAGGUUAUCAGUGCGCUUCUGAGGUUGGUCAAUGUCGUCGGCGCACAACUUGGCCACAUAACAGGAUUUACAAUCACCAUCCCUCUAUAGCCAUUUAGGAAUGUAUACAUGGAUGCGUUUAUCUUUAAAUGAGCUGCGUUUCUGCUUAAUAACCCUGACUUUGCUGCCGUGUGCCACACCCCGUAUUCCCGUGGGGACUCCGGCUGUCCUUGUGUUUUUCAUUUGCCAUGGAAACUAUUUUGCUCUUCCUCUCUUCCCUCCUGGUAUGUGUGGCUGCUGUAGCAGGCCCCAGUGCACAGGACGGCAAAGAGAAAGAAGAAAAUCCUUUCAUUUAUGACUAUGAGAGUCUGAGGGUUGGAGGACUAGCACUUGCUGUGGUGCUGUUUGCACUGGGCAUCCUUCUUAUCCUAAGUCGGAGAUGCCGCUGCAGUAUUAACCAGAAGCCCAGGGCCCCCGGAGACGAGGAGGCACAGGAGGAGAACCUUAUCGUCUCCAAGGCUGCAGCGGCUGCCAAAGAGACUCCAGCAGAGAACUGAGGCAACUCCACAGGACCCAGCUGCCUUCUGAGACCAUGAUCAGUUUUCUUUGAUAUUUUAGCCACAAUAACAGUUGAUGAUGACUCUAACUGGUUAUACGACAGGGGAAGAGGGGAGGUAUAUGUUUAGAGGUGUAAUAUAUUCAUGAAUCUUGUGCCAGUUGUUUUUUGUUGUGACCGUGCCAGUCCCUCAGUGCUCUCGUUCAAUCCUGUGCCUUCCUGUGACAGUCUCUCACGCCACUUUGUCGUCUUAGCCAGUAGCACCUUCGACACAGGAUUGUCUUUAAAACCCUAGAAGAAUUUUUAACGUUGUGUGGUCCGCUGUUCUUCAUUUGGUACUUCUAUCGCCUUUAGGUUUUUAGGAUUUGUCCGUUUGUCGCUUGUUUAGUCGGCUGUCUUGGAUAAUGUUUGUCACAUAUGGAACAUAACGUAUAUGCAUAUAUACAGUAUACAUAUAUAAGUAUAGAUAGUUUACAUAUAAGAUAAACUGUUAAAUAUCCUUCAUUUAUGUCUAUGUUUGAAUGGUUGAGUGUGUUUGUGUGCACAAAUGGAUGUUGUUAUAUACUGUAUGUGCAUGUUUAUCCUGUAUUUGUAUGACUGUGUGCACACCACGAGUGUGUGUGUGUAUGUGUGUGUGUGUGUGCAUAUUUCUACACAUAAAUGUGAUGAGCCUUAUAAGAGACAAUCUCCACUGCCACAGCUCUCUGACUUGAGCACAGGGAUGGUUUGCAGGUAUCUGCAUGGGCUCCUCCACGCCAGUGUUUUACCAUCUAUAGUGGAGGGACCUUGUUUAUCAGCUGUCUCACUGCCUUCUUCUCCACAAAUCCACUCCACCGCUCCGUCUCUGGCUCCGUCAGGAUUAACUAGUCUCCAACAAGGCUAUGAUUAAUUUCCCUAUACACACUCACUUGUGCCACAAAUCUGUGAAGCCAGGGUAUCUUUCUUCCCUCUUUCAUGUUUGUUUAUUGAACUGCAUAGCCAUUCUCUCAAAUGCCACAAUGUUUUGAAUGACUACAUAUGUGGUAAACUACUGACAGAGAGACAGAGUUUAGGUGAUGAAUUUGACAGAUGUGAAGUGAUAUUAUUCAUGUGCCAGACUACAUUAAAAGUAGCCUGAUGUAAGCCAAAUUAUACAGAGAGGACAUAAUGCUGGGAUUGUCCUGUUAGUAAAGACUUGCACCAGUUUUAAGUGUGAGUUCACCCGUUUUAAAGAUGACCACUGUACAGUUAAAUGCUAUGUUCAUUCAAAGCAUGCGGCUUUGUCGUGUAGCAAUCUGUUGUGCUUUUGGCAUUAAAAAUAAAGUAUAUUGGAACACAGAA